AUUAAAGUACACUGGUUAUUCCGGGAGUAGCAUAUCCCUCAUUCAAGUUCAUUUUUGGACGCAUUGCUGUUAUUACUUUACUUAUAACUAACAUAAUUAUCAAAUUAUUAUAAAACAGGACUUUAUUACUCGUGAAUCUUGAAGUUUGUCAGGAAAUUGGCGCGAACUUUUAACAACAACAACAGCUGAUAGCCUGCCCCUGGUGAUGGCUGCCACAGUGUCUGUCUCUAAGGGUGUAUUUGCCUUCAAGAGAAGAAAGGGUAAAAAUAGGAAAAAUGUAGAUGGUCCCUCAACCCGGGACUACUGGACAGAGGGUGAUGAUGCAGAGAUUAAAGGUCUUACCUACAAGAACUAUGUUAGAUGUUGGCAGAAAGUCACUGAUAUUCUUAAUGAUCUGCAAGACAGUAUUCAUGCUAAGGUUUUCCAAGAUUUGGUUGAAUUCAUUAGAGAUGCAGGAAUGAGAAGUAAUAUUAUGAUUGAUGGCAUCAAGUCCAAGGAAGGUCAAAGUGACAUCCCCACUGCAUGUUUGGUGACCGGGGUGAACAUGCCCGACCAUGAUGCAAUUUUUGGGAGUCUGGUUCGUCUUUUAGUCGAUGGUGUGACUCCACAUAUUGCAAAACUUCAAAGUCGAGAUUGCAACACUGUCAGAGGUGCCAUAUUCAAGAUGAUCUCACAGUUGAUGGGGCAGAAUGGCUUUGUAGAUCCUGAGUUUGAAGAUGAAAUUAUAACAGGACCAUCCAUCAAGAGGGCCCAGUUCACUAUGGCUGUUCUGACCUCCUGGUAUAAGGAAAUUAUAAGCGCAGAAGACACCAGAGAAUCUACUUCUAAAUCUCAUGGCUCUCCACGAAAAAGAGCAGGAUGUUCACAUAAAGACAUGGGGUCUCCUUACAAACCUGUAGGAUCUCCUUACAAACCUGUGGGAUCUCCUCGCAAGACCAUGGGAUCUCCACGCAAGCCCAUGGGUUCUCCUCGCAUGCCCAAAGGAUCUCCUCGCAAGCCCAUGGGAUUCCAGUCCAGAGAUAUGAAAUCUGUCAAAGACUUUGGGUCACCUGAAAAGCGGAUGAGAUUAAAUGAUGAACCACGUUUACCUAGAGGAGGCUAUCACCCACCUCUCGUAGUUAUUCUAGAAGAUGUAGAAAAUUUUCCAGCCAAUGUUCUUCAUGACCUUAUUUUGAUCUGCAGUGAACACCGUUGUAACUUACCCAUUGUUUUCGUGUUUGGUGUUGCAACAACAUCCAAUGCUGUUCACCGUAGUUUGUCGCAGGAUGCUUCCGCUUGUGUUGCUAUGGAAACCUUUCAAGCUCAGCCCUCCACUCAUUAUCUUAAUCAUGUCAUUGAAAAGGUUUUGAUGACAGAAAAAGUGCCAUUCCACAUUGGAGGUCGUCCUUUCAAGUUGCUCCUUGAUAUAUUCCUCUACAGCGAUCUUUCGGUUAAAAACUUUGUCAAAGGACUUAAGCUGUGUAUGAUGGAGCAUUUCCUGGGAAACUCCUCUACAUUUCUGUGCUGUUCUGCACCUGAAAGAGCUUUGCGCAUCAGGGCCAUGACACCAGCACAGUUGGACAUCAUUCGAAAAUUGCCAUCAUUCAGGAGUUACGUUGAAAACCGCCCACCCAAGGAACAAGCGGUUCUUCUUCUUGAUGAGAAAGUGACUAAGUCCACAGUUCGCACAUUGAUGACUGAACUGGACUCUUGGUACCUGCGUUUUUGCUGUUUGGUCAAGGUUGUCAGUGCACUUACAAGUUCACUGCCUCAUUCUCCUCUUGGGCGACAGAUAAGGGAAGUAUUAGCAACCUGCCUGUCACGACCACUGGUUGAAUCUGAAGAAUUCAAGGAAGCUCAGAAGAUGUUGAAACUCAUGGCUCGUGAAGAACUCUUGCCCAUCCUAGCAAAUAUUUUGGAGAUCUUAAAAGAACAAAGCGGCCAAGAUGAAGAAUUAUCAGAAUUAUAUAAUGAAUUAGCUAUUAUGCUUGGGCGCUUGAAUAGUUUGGACCAGCUGGACCAAGUAAUAAAAGACUCACCAGCUGAUGAAGCACAACUCAGCUUUCAAUCAUCAGACAGAUUCCAUCUGAAAGAGAAAUUACUAGAAAUGGCAAAGAAAAAAUCCAAGAAGCCAAAUGCUUAUGAGUCACUACGCUCAGAGUUAUUACAAGUGCUAGUAAACACAUUUGAACAGCACCUACAACUCUUGAACAAACAACCAUUGCAUGAGGUACUUUUCUUUGAUUCUUCAUCCGUUGUCAAGAGACAUUUGGUGGGAAUGCCUAGGGCUGCUCUCACAACAGCUUUGUCUAAUCCACACCACUACUUACAGGUGAGUUACCUUAUACAACUUGAUGUGUUCACAAUAAUUCAAAUAACAAUAGAUUUGAUACGACGCUACACCCCCAUGUUGGCCAGGAGCAACGUCGAGCGUCUUCUGCCAGCUGAUGAUCACAUCUUCACUUAUGAGGAAUAUUCACGAGCUGAUUCUUAA